UCAUCCCUUGCGGCACAGUAUCAACAUGGCGCCCGUCUCGCGAACAAAAGACGAAUCUGUCUGACGAUGGACCGAAGCCCAAAUACAAUUACGAGGAGACAUUUUAAGGGGGAAACUUUAUGCAAUACGUGUGUCACGGCUCUACUGAGACAACAUAAGCCCGCAUGUUACAAGUAACGUCUGUGGAAGAUUGUCUAGUGGGACAAGAAAGGAUGUUCCAGCAGUGCGAGGAGCCUCGCUUCACCAUCGAGCAGAUCGACCUCCUCCAGAGGCUCAGGAGGACGGGCAUCGGCCAAGCCGAACUCCUCCACGCCCUCGACACCUUGGACCACCUGGAUCAUCUGGAGCGUCCCCGCAGAUUAACCUCAAACCACCAAGCGUCUUUCUACGCCCCACCUUCGUCUUCCACUGCUGCCACUCAGACCGUCUUCUCCGACAGCCGCCUAUCGCCGAGUAGCUUUGAUGUAACCUUGCCCGUUGACAUAGCAACCGUAGCUCAGACCAACGGGAAGAUGUCUCCGCUGCCCAGGUUUCCUCUAGUGGGGGGCAGCGUGUUGGGCUACGGCUUUGAGACGGGCGAUGAAGACGUGGAUGUCGAUGAGAAAGUGGAGGACUUGAUGAGGAGGGACAGCGGAGUCGUCAAAGAGGAGAUCAAGUGCUUCCUGGCCAACAGGCGCAUCUCCCAGGCUGUGGUCGCACAAGUAACGGGUAUUAGCCAGAGUCGCAUCUCCCACUGGUUGCUGCAGCAAGGGUCUGACCUCAGUGAGCAGAAGAAACGGGCCUUCUUUAGAUGGUACCAGCUGGAGAAGAGCAGCCCUGGUGCCACACUGGCCUUGCGUAAUGCGCCGCUGGCUCUGGAGGACGUAGUGAUGGACUGGCAACAGGCCCCGUCCACAUUCGCUCCCACUCCAGUGGGGUUCCGCCUGCGGCGUGGCAACAGAUUCACCUGGAGGAAGGAAUGUCUGGCCGUCAUGGAGAGCUACUUCAGUGAUAAUCAAUACCCUGAUGAGGCGAGGAGGGAGGAGAUCUCCAUGGCCUGCAAUGCUGUUAUUCAAAAACCAGGAAGACAGCUUCUUGACUUUGAGAAGGUGACAUCUCUGAAGGUGUACAACUGGUUCGCCAACCGCCGCAAGGACAUCAAGCGGCGCGCCAAUAUUGAAGCAGCCAUCUUGGAAAGCCACAGCAUAGAUGUCGAGAGUCCGGGAGGUCAGUCCAACAGCGAUGAGGUGGACGCUACUGACUUCACUGAGCAGUGCAGAGUGUACCCUUCCUCCUGCCCGAUUUUAGCUGGUAUGGGCUCCAGCACUCCUGUGACCCUUGUGAGGAUAAGCAGCUCUGAAAAUGGAUGGAUGGAUGUGUCUGUAUUGCUAUGUGAAAUAAUAAUUGGGAAAGUUCAUUUUCUAUGCAAACUUCCUCAAAUUAAGUAUUUCAUUUCAUAAUUUGAAUUCUUGAACUAAAUUAAUUGGUAGGCCAGCAGUUUAUUUAACAUCCAGUUCCUUUGUGUCCUCCUGGAUGAGUCAUUUCUGUUCUCUUGAAUAAUCUUUGUAGGCAGGCCACUUGUGGGUGUGUUCACCACUGUUCUGUGUUUUCUGUAUCUGAGGAAAAUGGCUCCUCCUAUGGUUUUCUGUAAUCCUAAAGCUUUAAAAAUAGCUUUUGAAACCCUUUCCAGACUGAUAGAUGUCAAUGACUUUAUUCUUCAACUGUUCUGGAAUUUCCUUAGAUGGUGUAGUUUUGUUGCAUCUUUUUUGGCUGACUUGAUUUUAAAUGAUUUCUUGAUUGAACAUCUUUGAACAUCAGGUUUGAAUGCGCCCAGUGAAAAUUAACCCAAAAUUGUGUUUACACAAUUUAACAAGGGUGUAAUUACUUUUUUCACACAGGGCCUGGUUACUUUGAGUAGUCCCCCCCUUUAAUAAAUGAAAUCACUUGGGUUAUAUUUGUGUGAUGAGCUUAAUUAAAAACUAAUUCUGGGGCAAAUGGAAUUUGGUCUUGAUAUUGGAAAAAGCAUUCCCCGUUAGUUUCCCAGUACCAGAAUUGCCUUGACAUAAUUUCCAAAGGGAAGGUGCUUUCCUUAUGCAAAGUUGAAGAUUGUUCCAUAUGUAGGCUGCAGUGUGAAGGUUGGGAUGAAACUUGAAGGAGAAGGAUGUUUCUUAGCCACUGUAAAUGUGAAAUAAUGACAUGAGCCUGUGGCUCACGUGAAAGUGAAUGACAUGGAUGAUUCUUUGGACUUGAUUGGCUUGAACGGCUGAAUCCAUCACAUGGUUGUUGUUUGUGGCAGAGUUGCAAGGCGGCUAGGCGUUUUGGCUUCGCUCGAGCAGACACGUCACGUCUGACCCAAGCCCUCUCACGGACCC